GAAGGUACGGCUGUGGCGUGUUGGCCCUGAUCAGAUCCCAGCGCAGGCGCGGUGGCUCGGGCGGCUUGGACCUGCGGCCCCGCCUCAGCGAGGAGGGCCGGCCUGAGCCCCUCGCCGGCCCGGGUCUUCCGGGGACUCUCCAAAGCAAUGCCCCGCUAUUGCGCUGCGACUUGUUGUAAAAACCGCCGGGGACGAAACAAUAAGGACCGGAAGCUGAGUUUUUACCCGUUUCCUCUACAUGACAAAGAAAGACUUGAAAAGUGGUUAAAGAAUAUGAAACGAGAUUCAUGGGUUCCCAGUAAAUACCAGUUCCUGUGUAGUGACCAUUUUACUCCUGACUCUCUUGACAUCAGAUGGGGUAUUCGAUAUUUAAAACAAACUGCAAUUCCAACAAUAUUUUCUUUGCCCGAAGACAAUCAGGGAAAAAACCCUUCCAAAAAAAAAUCUCAGAAGAAAAAAUUAGAAGAUGAGAAAGAAGUAUGCCUAAAAGCCAAGUCAGAAGAAUCACUUGCAUCAAAUGAGAGAAAGAAAAAUACAGUUAACACGGAUAUGCUCCCUGACCAUGCAGAAUUACUAGAUUCUUCUGCCUUAGUGAAGCCACCAGCUCCAAAAACAGGAAGUAUAAAAAAUAACAUGUUAACUCUUAAUCUAGUUAAACAAAAUACCAGAAAACCAGAAUCUACCUUGGCGACAUCAGUUAACCAAGAUAUAGGUAUAGGGGGUUUUCACUCAUCUUUUGAGAAUCUAAAUUCUACCACUAUUACUUUGACAACUUCAAAUUCAGAAGGUAUUCAACAGGCUUUGGAAGCCCAAGAAGUGCUUGAAAUAACUACCAAUCAUCUUGCUAAUUCAAACUUUACAAAUAAUUCCAUGGAAAUUAAGUCAACACAGGAAAGUCCAUUGUUCUUCAGCACAAUUAAUCAAACAGUUGAGGAAUUAAACACAAAUAAAGAAUCUGUUAUUGCCAUUUUUGUACCCACAGAAAAUUCUACAGCUGCAGUUAAUUCUUUUACACCUGCCCAGAAAGAAACCAUGGAAAUGGAAAACAUAGAUAUUGAAGACUCCUUAUAUAAGGAUAUAGACUAUGGGACAGAAGUUUUGCAAAUUGAACAUUCUUACUGUAGGCAAGACAUAAAUAAGGAACAUCUUUGGCAGAAAGUCUGUAAGCUACAUUCAAAGAUAACUCUUCUUGAGCUACAAGAGCAACAAACUCUAGGAAGACUGAAGUCUUUAGAAGCUCUUAUUAGGCAGCUAAAACAGGAAAAUUGGCUAUCUGAAGAAAAUGUCAAGAUUAUAGAAAAUCAUUUCACAACAUACGAAGUCACAAUGAUGUAAAGUAAAAGUAAAGGUUUUAAAGCUAUGACUUUUAUAAAGUGAACUUUUUCCUGUAUAAAGUUCUCAUCUUAAUGAAGCAAUGAAAGUGCUCUAAUGUUAUGAACUGCAUGCUGUUCUUAUAAUGCUCAUUUUUGAGAAAAACUAGAGAGUUGUACUAGAGAGAAAACAAUUCUGUUGAUUAUUUUCCAAAGUAAAGUUAGAAUAUAGUGAGUAAAAAGUAUUAUUCAGUCAGAAAUGAGAACAAAGAUAUGGUCAGAGGAGCCCAGAAUAGAAGUCAGGUUCAGUAAUUUCCAGGUUCUACCAUUGGUAUAUGAUGUGGGCAAGUUACUUAUCAAGAUUGAGCCUCAGUCCCUAAUCUGUAAAUUAAGGGUACUUAUUAGAUCUCUAAUUAUUUGUUUCUUUAGAGUUUCUACCCUUUCUGUUCAGAUUCUUUCGUUAGAACAGGUUUUCUAUAAGAUAAUAUAUACUUUCAUAAUACUAGAAGUUGGCUAGAAUUUGAUAUUUUUAACUAUUGGAUUAUCCUCCAUAUUUAUUGAAUUCUGUGGUGUUUGACCUUUUGUCUAUAGUUAUAUAUCUGUAAUGUAAAGAAAAAUACUUUUAUAAUUUUAUUCCAAUUGAAGUAAACUAGGAAUACUCAUUAGCCCAAUUCUUAGGAGAGGUACUUUAAACUUAAAAGAAUGUGUAUUUCAGUACCUUAUAUGUGGCUAACCAUCAAAAUACAUAGUCAUUGAAGCUUCUUAAUAUUCUAUAUUUAUAAAGUUAUAUUUAUAAACCAAAAAUUAACGAGGUUAAUUUUAAAUAUAUACAUAUUUUAGAAUUCAUAGUUUGCAUCUAUUUCUUUAUAGGUGUAGCUUUUAAAAUGUGCGCUUGUGUCAUUUUUAAAUUCUAGAAUAAGAGAGUAAUACUUAACGGCAUACAGUCCUACUUUUGUGUAUUUCAUUGAAAUUUAUAAGCAAGAAAUUACAGAUAAAUGGUGAUGCCCUCAGGGAGACAAAAGUUUUCCCUUAGGAAAGGGAAGUGGUGUAAUAUAAAUUAAAAUGCUGCUUAUAUUCAGAUAAUUUAAGAAAAAGAAAUGUAAAAGCAAAGACUGUGAUAACACAAAUAUGAAAAAAUAGAAGAUAUGUUCCCUUAAAAUUGGCAGUCAGUGUGACUAUUCUGUUACUUCCUAUUUUGUUGAGCAAGUUCUAUCAGUCUGAUUCUUAGUUUUUCCAUGUAUGAAAUAAAAAAUACUAUUACUUGUCUUAAAGGAUGGUUUUGAGAAUUCUGUAAGUUAACAAACAUGUUUUUGGUCCUGGAAAAUAGGAGGUGCUCAAUAAAUAUUAGUUGACUCUGAAUAGCAAGUAAUAUAUUAAUUGUUUUGUAAAUGAAUGGUGAUUAUUUUUGGCCAUAUUUCACUUAGUUUCUUUAGGCUAAUAAAUUGUUAUUCUUGGAAAUUCUGUCAGCUAAUUAUGAAAAGAUUAGAAGUAUCUUUAUUAGGUGACCAUGGGGGAAGAAACUUAAAAUUUUUGCAUAAAUUAUGUUCACAUAAUUGGGAGAGUUAAUGUAAUGUUAAAUUUUUAAGUAUUCCCAUGUUACAUUUUGCUAAUACUUAAUUUAAAAUAAAUAAUACAAACGAAAAUAACCUUAAGUCACAAUAAAGUAAUAUGUUGUUUCAAGUCAGUUUAUAACAGUGCACAUCGUAGUAAUUUUCUAUUUAAAGUUAUAGGUUCCUCAGAAAUAAUUUAAACUAGGUGGAUUUCUUUAAACUUAAUAAAUUAUAAGUACUAAAGAUUUUUUUUGUUUUGUCUGUAUUCAGUGAGGAUGUCCUUAAUGUAACCCAGUUGAUCUCUAAAUUGUAUUUGCAGAUUCUGGUCAACUUUAUUUAUUUGGACUAUUAUAGGAACCUCUUAGCUAAUCUUGCCUACAUUUUCAAUCUUCUGCCUCCAUAUUAUCCUGGACUCUGCUGUCAGCUUCUUACCUAAACUGUAGAUCCAACUAACUAUAUCACCCACCUACCACUUACUUUUCUAGUUCAAAAAUCUCAAGUUACUCUCUUAAACCUACAAAAUAAAGCCAAAUUUAUUACUAUUGUAUAUAUUAUCGUCUGUGAUUCUAUUUAUCCUGUUCUGCUCACACUGGAUUUCUUAGUAUUUCCCACACAUGCCAUAGGGGUGUCUGUCCCUGUGUAUGAUUAUUUUAUUCCCUAAACUCAACCAGCCUGUCAAAAUUAUAUUUCAACUUUGGUAGAAGUUCAUCACUUUUUUCCAGUCAAAAUUGUUUCCUCUUGCUCUUAUAGGGCUUUGUUUUAUAACACUGUAACAGCAUUUACCUUAUAUUUUUUUAUCAUGAUAUCUUUGGCUACCUCUUCAACUAGACUGUAAGCUUUAUGAAAGGAUUUUCCUGUAUGUUCUUCUGUAGUAUGACCUUGUUACUCCCCUAUCAAGAGGUUGAGUUAUUUCUACCUCUUUGAAUCUGGAUGGGUUCUGUGACUGCUUUGACCAAUAGAAUACAGUAAAAGUGACAUUGCCAGUUCCAUACUCAGCCAUUAAUAGGUCUGGCAUCCUUUACUUCCUCUUUGGAACACUUCCUCUUAGAAAGCCAGAUGCCAUGAAAGAUAUUUGAUUAUGCUGAGAUCGUACUGGAAAAGCCCACACCACAUGGAGAGACUGAAGAAUGAGACAUCAGACAUUAGUGAAGAAGCCGCAUUGGAAAUGGAUACUUAAGCUUCAGCUGCUCUAGAUGACACCAAGUGCAGCAGAGACAACCAUCUAGCAGAACUCUUCUCAAAUUCCUUAACGACAAAAUUGUGAGGAAAAUAAAAUGCUUGUUUUAAGCUUGUAAAUUUUGAGAUGGAUAAUUAGGCCACAAUGGAUAACUAAAAUAACCCCCUUUUUGUGUUCACCUUCAUCCUUAUUCUGAUGCUGCGGACCCUUAUAGCCAUUCUGCUGUAAAACCUUCAACAGCAUUGUGCUU